CCCACGUCUUGGCUGCCACAAAACGCGUCUCCCAGGUCAGCUCCCAUUGCAACCAAAUCCUCUGAUAUACGUUCAAGAUGCGCUUCAAGACUUCCGUCCGGAAUAUCCAGACCUUCUCGAGUAAGCAUCACCUACACAAAUUUUUCGAUGGCCUCAACUCCAGAAUUCUGAUUCUAAAUACUAUCACACAGAGCUCACCGCGUCUCUUUCCUCCCUGGGCAAAGUCGCAUGGGUCAGGUUGGAUGACACCAAUGUGCGAUUCACCAUAAUUCCCGAGACAGGAACACAAGUUUGGGCGUGAGUAUAGUAUCAUUACCACCAUCUCUGCCUUCCACCCGCUGAUUCCUCAAGCUCCUUUUCCAUACUCUCCAUCUUCGAAGACUACCAUAUCCAAUCCAACGCCUCCUCCAACACAAUCAACCUCGAACUACCUCUCGCGCCCCUCCACCGCGCCCUCAAAUCCGCCCUCAACGCAACAUCCGCCUCCAUCCGCCUCACAAAACGCGAUGGAAUCCCCGUCCUCUCCCUCACCAUAAUCACAAACACAAUCAGCAGCGGAAACAGCGCCAGCGGCUUCCUAAACUUGAAUCAAUCGGGAACCCAAGACCCCUUCGGCGACCAUGCAUUCCGCGAAGAAGCCCUAGAUGCCGGAAGAGACAGAGAAGCAGUAGUAACUCAAGAUAUCCCCGUGCGAGUCCUUACCGCUGUGAGUGUAGAAGGCAUCCACGAGCCUCGAGUCCGAGAACCAGACGCGAAUAUCAUACUGCCCUCUCUGCUCCAACUGAAAGCCAUUUCAGAUCGCUUCACAAAACUGUCUCUUGCUACGAACUCUGGUGUUGUGAGGGGCGGUGGUGUGAAUACGGUUGCUCCCAAGUUGGAACUUUCUGCGAACAUGCAUGGGAGUCUCAAAUUGAGUAUCUCUACCGAUACACUCAAUAUAAGUAGUGUCUGGACCGGCCUAACGAAUCCGGAGAUCGCUCCUGAUCCGGGAGAGGACGGUGAGGCUGAGAUUCGUCCUGAUAUUCGUUUAAAGGCACAGGGUCCGGAUGCUUGGGCGACGGUUAGGAUUGAUGGGAGGGAUUGGGGACGGGUGUUGAGUGUUGGCAGACUUGGGGGACGAGUUAUUGCUUGUAAGAUUCUGCCUCUUUUCUCUCCUUCCCUUCUCUCUUUCUGCAUUCAAUUACGGCCUGUGCGUUUUUACUCACGUCUAAUCCCUUAGGCUUCGUAAAUGAACACGCAUUAAUUCUCUACGUAUACCUCCAAAACUUCGAUGACGAGGAAGAUUCUGUUUUGACCGUAAGUCUUAAUCUCCCUCUUUCGUAUCCCCUAUGUCUGACCUUUGAUUUGCAGUACUACAUUUCCUCGUUCACCGCAUGAAUCUUGCGAGCAAACAUAUUUGGAAUUCAGCGAUGGCGUUCAAGGACAGGAUAAACCACACCAUGGUUUUGCCUCUUGGCUUUUUAUUUAUGGAAGGAGUUACUAAUUGUGUACUGUGCUACUACUGUAGCACUGGAUGUAGGAUGAUGACAACGAUACUGAGUAUAUCUUUCCAGGCCGUCUCGUGAGAGUUUUGGUCUCGGUAGGUGCAUAUACAUAGUUUGCUCAAAAUCAGUACAGUAGUGGUUCUUCUAUCAAUCACUACUAGGAAUGUGUGAAUUGUGUAUGAUUCCCUCGCUAUCAAGGUGUCGGUUCGCCAGAAUCCAAUUACAGCAUUGUCAAUUUCGAGACUUCUGGAUCCUGAAGACAUGGAUUUGAGCUGCUAUCAAGACACUUCGUUCUUCCCUCUCCGGCUCUCACUGCGCCCAUAAACCGAUCUUGGCUUCUGAGAUCUCAAAGAAGACUUCUUGACUAGAUGUGGUAAUAUCUCAUGAUGCUUACCGUGAGGAAGAAUGGAUUUGAAUAUCAGAGGUACUUGGAGCCGUUUCAUGGUUCGCUAUCGAGGUAGAUAGCAUAACACCAGCAGCUAAUUGAAACCCUCACACUACUUUCCAUCCGCAAUCCAUUCAAAGAUUUGGCACUGUGACUGAAAUCUAUCGAAGGCCAAUAGUUUUCA